CUAUGAUAUAUAGAGACUACGCAUAUGCUUCACAUAAACGAUCAUCAGCAUCUCUGGGGAAAGAGGUAUUUCCUGCUUUUAGAACUCAGAGCUUGGCGCCUAGUGAAGAAAGGCCUCUUUUGACAAGGAAAACUUUUCCACGAAAAGAGAGAGAUAAUGAGUCCCCUUAUGAGAAAAACAUUGAAAGGGCAGCAUCCUGGAGGAGAAAAGAACAUGAACGAAUUCAACAAGCCGAAGAGCGGCGCUUGAUGUUAAGUCUCGAAAAAAACCUGUGUUCCCGAAGUCGCUGCUGUUUUACACCAAACAACUCUCGACAAUAUCAAAAUCUACAAUCUUCUGAACAUUUUCCCGAUUUUAAUGAAUGGAUGAAACCGUACAAAGAACUUUACCUCCGUCCCUACACUGUGAUGGAGGAGACUACAAUCAAUAUAGCUCAAGAUUUUCCCUACAGGCUGGCCUGGGGAACACCAACCACUCCAAACUUGGGCAUAAAACUGUAUCACCCCCCGACGAAGUUCAGUAAGGAAGGCAGUUCAGCCAUCACUCCUACGGAUAAAAGUCUGCAUCCAACAAAAUCAAUCCCAACAAAAGGGAGAUUCGUCUUAGUAUGUGAGCCACCUUCAACAUCUUCUGUGCCUUCUCCAACUCCGAUGGAGAGCAAGUUACUCAGUGCUCGAUUCCCCAAACUGAAGGAUAAGAUAUAUCAAUCUCUGCUGUCAGACAUGCAGGAAUCUUGCUAGUCUUUUCUUUUCAAGUUUUAUCUUGGUGGAUGAGAAGAUUUCAAUAUUGCCCACUCUUUCCCUAGUUCUGUUCAAUAGCAAGUUUCUA